AUGAGUGGGAACAUACCUGGAAAAGACAUGAAUGGGGUGGAGAAAGGGAUGGAAUUCUCACGAGAAGCAUGGGAGAAGGAGCUGUCUAAAUUCUAUGUCUGUCGCUCAGACAUGAACAAACUCAUCAUGAACUAUCUCAUAACAGAGGGCUUCAGGGAGGCAGCUGAGAAGUUCCAGGUUGAAGGAGGAAUAAAAGCACCAGUCCUAAGUGGGAGCAUGGAUGACCGUAUCAGAGUCAGAGAUUCCAUACAGAAUGGAUAUCUUCAGGAAGCCAGAGAACUUCUUAACCAGCUUCAUCCUGAGCUUCUGGAUGACAACAGACUCCUUCGGUUUCACCUUCUUCAACAAGAGUUGAUUGAAUUGAUACGAAAGGGUAGUGUUGAGGAUGCACUGGCAUUUGCACAAAAGCACCUUGCUGAAACAGGAGAAGAAGAUCCAUCUGUCCUUCCAGAAUUGGAGAGGACAUUGGCCUUACUUGCUUUUGAUCAACCGGGGACAUCCCCAUUUGCAGAUCUGUUGCAUCCAGCACAUCGCCAAAAGGUCUGUGGAGUUUUAUUUUACUCUGAUACGAUGUUGUGA